UGCGCGGCGCGGGGGAGCGCGAGCACCGCGUGCGACGUCAGCGCCGCGCGCCGGGGGGAGCGGGCACCGACCGCGCCCGGAGCCGCCGGGCCCGCACGGCAGCGCCCGGCACCCGCCCCGGCCCGCCCCGCCGCACCGCGCCCCGGCCCCGCCGGACCCGCCGCCGCACAGAAGAUGGCGGACGACCCCAGCGCCGCCGACCGCAACGUGGAGAUCUGGAAGAUCAAGAAGCUCAUCAAGAGCCUGGAGGCGGCGCGCGGCAAUGGUACCAGCAUGAUAUCACUGAUCAUUCCCCCCAAAGACCAGAUCUCGCGAGUGGCGAAAAUGCUGGCGGACGAGUUUGGCACUGCCUCCAACAUUAAGUCUCGAGUGAAUCGCCUUUCAGUACUGGGAGCCAUUACAUCUGUACAGCAAAGACUGAAACUCUAUAACAAAGUACCUCCAAAUGGUCUGGUUGUUUACUGUGGAACAAUUGUGACAGAAGAAGGAAAAGAGAAGAAGGUCAACAUUGACUUUGAACCUUUCAAACCAAUCAAUACGUCGUUGUAUUUGUGUGACAACAAAUUCCACACAGAGGCCCUCACGGCGCUGCUCUCCGACGACAGCAAGUUUGGCUUUAUUGUAAUAGAUGGGAGUGGGGCACUCUUUGGAACCCUGCAAGGAAACACACGAGAAGUCCUGCACAAAUUCACUGUGGAUCUUCCAAAGAAGCAUGGUCGGGGAGGUCAGUCCGCCCUGCGCUUCGCUCGCCUGCGGAUGGAGAAGCGGCACAACUACGUGCGCAAGGUGGCCGAGACGGCCGUGCAGCUCUUCAUCUCCGGGGACAAGGUCAACGUGGCCGGGCUCGUCCUGGCUGGGUCAGCUGAUUUCAAAACUGAACUCAGUCAGUCUGACAUGUUUGAUCAGCGGUUGCAAUCCAAAGUGCUCAAACUAGUUGACAUUUCAUAUGGAGGAGAAAAUGGGUUCAAUCAAGCGAUUGAAUUGUCAACUGAGGUCCUCUCCAAUGUGAAAUUCAUCCAAGAGAAAAAACUAAUAGGACGAUACUUCGAUGAGAUCAGUCAGGACACGGGGAAGUACUGCUUUGGUGUGGAAGAUACACUAAAAGCUUUGGAAAUGGGAGCAGUAGAGAUACUGAUAGUCUAUGAAAACCUGGAUAUAAUGAGAUAUGUCCUGCACUGCCAAGGCACGGAGGAGGAGAAGAUCCUGUAUUUGACACCAGAACAAGAGAAGGAUAAAUCCCACUUCACAGAUAAGGAGACUGGGCAGGAACACGAACUGAUAGAAAGUAUGCCCCUCCUGGAGUGGUUUGCAAACAACUACAAGAAAUUUGGAGCAACAUUGGAAAUUGUUACAGACAAAUCACAAGAAGGAUCCCAAUUUGUGAAAGGAUUUGGAGGAAUUGGAGGUAUCUUGCGGUACCGAGUGGACUUCCAGGGCAUGGAAUACCAAGGAGGAGACGAUGAAUUUUUUGACCUUGAUGACUACUAGGUAGUCGACCUGGGUCCGGCAAAACGUGCCUCGCCCCUCCAGCAUCCAACCCAAGGAGCAAACUCAUGGUGGAAAACACAACAGAUCCCUGCCUUAGAAUUGGAACAUUUCCAGAACUUGAUCCACAAGCAUUGGAUUUAAGAAAGCAAAACCCUACACUUUGAUUUGUCAUAGUGUCAGUACAGCAGCAAACUACUAAGUUCCUAUAUGCCACUUUGGACUAAUUUAAAAAAGAAUCCCAGUUUUUACUUUUACUCAAUGGUGAAAUUGGUUGCUCUUGUAUUUUAUGGAAAUGAUUUUUUUAACCUUCAUGAUACAUUAACUGCUGUAAACCUCUUCCUUCAAAAAUUAAUAGAAGUAAGAUCCUACUGGUUUGUUUCUUUAUACUUUGAUUGGAGAAAUCAAUUGCUGCAUUUGGCAGCGCCGUGACCCAUUUACAUGGCAUUCUCAGCUUAGACUGCAGAAGAAAUGUAACGAGGUUGGAGCCAUUCUCUUCAAAAGCUUGAAGAGGCACUGACCUGAGUGCUAGUUCAUAACGUGUGGCUUGCAAAUUCCAAUGGUUUGGGGAGGCUCACCAGCCAAACGUGCUUUAAUCUGUUUGCAGAAACACUGCUCUUGUAAACUAGGAAAUGCACUUCAUGGAUUGCAAUGGAAAUGCUGCUGAAGUCUCGGGCUUAAUUUGGAUUUGAGCAGUGCAGCCUUCAGGAAUUCUAUUUUUUUUUUUUCAGUCUUGACAAAAAUAAACAUGAGAUUUCAGUGAAGUAAGGUACACUUGGCUUUUUGUUCCUCAGUAAGUUUUUCUUUUUGCUUUAGGACUGCGUAAGGUUUCCUUGAUUAUGUGAAUUUGAACCCACAGUUCUUUAAGGGAAGUGGGUAUUUUACAGGAAUACUGAGUCAGUGAAGGCUGAAACUUUAGUGCUGGGGGUGUGGAACGUUGGAUACCAGCCCUUGGAGCGCUGGCACAGGCCCUGGGGACACCAUCUCCCAGCACUAAGGCAGUGUCUGUCCGGGAGGGGAUGUGCCCUUCAUGGGUUAAAGCCCCUGGGUGCCCCAGACCCCCAAGGCUCUGUGUCCUGCCCGUUCCACAGAGCACAGCCCGACCUGCUCCGGGUGUUGGGGGGUCCUGCAGGCCAGGGGAGCACUGGCACAGAUCAUGCACAUGCACAUGCACAUGUCCUGCUUCUUCCCAGGGCUCUGGUCCUGCCUCUUCCCGGGGUGUGAGUUCCUGGCACUCCCGGGGGAGCCGGGCCUGUCCUGCCCUCCUGGUGCGUCGCCGGCUGCAAACCUGCCUCUUGUCCCAUGAUCCUGGUUCACUUGAACGGAGGGGGAGCUUGUCUUAAAAUCUCUGCCACGCUGUUCUUUGAGGUCCAAAAUUCCUGUGAGCAAUACAAUUUGUAACCCUGGUCUCUAACCUGGCAGGUGGCUUUGCUGUCGCUCUCACAUCCAAGCUGGAAUUCUCACGGAAGGUGGGACUGGGUGUGCCGUGGCUGUGCCCAGAGCCAGGUCUGAGCACCCCCGGGGCCCUCACAGCGGUAUGUUCUGGAUUCUGCCAUUGUAAAUGGGUCUAAUGUGACAUGACAAGACCACAAAAAUUGGAUGUAAAUUUACAUUUUUGAAUAUACUGCUUGUUGUUUCACAUGAUACAUUAGGGUAUGCAGCUCCUUUUUGUAGUUUUUAUUUUUACUAUUUAAGUUUGGAAAUGAUGCCAAAUUUUUGUAUUUCUUUAAUCAAUGUGUUCUCUUCAGUGAUAUAUAUUGCAUUAUAUAUUGAUGUGUAUAUCAAUAUAUACUGAUAUGUAUUACACUUACACAUGCAAACACGUUCAACAGGGGUGGAAAUUCCUAGCCUUCGCUACUAUAUAGCCUCUGCAGAGAGAUCCCAAGCAGUGAUAUCUUGGUGUUGUGAUGUACAGAAAUGGAGAAGAGUAUUAAACCAUAUUUAAGAAUAUA